AUGGGCUGGGCGGCCUCUUUUUUCGGCCGCAGGCCCUCGGAACCCGACUACAAGAAAUGGGGCCGUAAUGUCAGCGUGUACGACGAGAAGCUCCUCAUGGCCGAUCCAUUGUCGUUGACGGCGAGCAUUAUUACCGUCCUCGGGGUUGCGGGCGCUACGGCAGCAGCUGUGCAGAAGGUCCAGGAGUUCAGGAACGCGCCUCUCGACGUGAUUGCGCUGGGAAAUGAGAUCACCGACGUUCGCCUGCUUUUCACCGUGAUCGAGAACACGAUUGAGAUGAAGACAUUCAAGACGACAAGCAUCGAGACGAGUGUUGGUUUGCUGGCACUGCUUGAGCGAGCUCGUGACUUGCUUGAGCAGAUCCAGGACAUACACCAGCGGAUCCAUCCUCCUGGCCCGGUUGGCAAGCAAAAUGGCGACAAGCCCAAGAUCUCAAGGAGAAUUUGGGUCAAGGAGAGGAAGAACGUUGUCAUGCUCCUGAAGCAUCUUCGCCAGACGAGACAGAACCUUCAGACAGCCAUCUCGUCCAUCACAUGCCAUCAAACGAGCGCAAUCCCCGAGGCACACAUGACCAUCCAGACGUCGCUGGAUGACCUCAAAACAAGCUUUGCGGCACGCUUUGAUGAGUUCAAAGCCGAAUUAGUCAACCUCCAGAAGCCGCAGAUUCAGAAUCACGACGCCGACCCGUCGCUGGAGAAGACUCCUCAUCUCAAUAGACAGAGCAGCUUUUCCAGUUCCGCGUCGACACUGGUUGGCAUAACUGGCUGUCAAUCUGUGACCAAGUGUCAGACGACGUGCCCUUGCAACUGCCAUGUUCGAACGGCAAUUCGGUCGCCAACCUGGGUAAGAGGUGUUCUUGGCUCUCUGUUCCUAAGCUACGCCGGCUCUCCGAUCUCCGGUAGGCCAGAUUGUAAUUACAUGCCGUGUAAGCGGAGCAAGAGUGUGGGGACAGCAUACACAUACCACUUCCCCAGCUGGAUGGUUGCCAAGGCUGUUUUCUUUGAGAUGUCCAAGAACGACCUCUUGGGAUACAGUGCCUCGUGGACCCUUCACAUUCCCAAGGUUCUGAGCGAUGGCGACCCCAUCUGGAGGUUUAUCAACUACGGGACUGUACCUCAAAUCAUCGACAUUCUAGCCAAGAAGCAAGUUUCGGCAUGCGAUAUGAAUCGAGAUGGAAAGUCUCUCCUACAUUUUGCUGUGGAGUGGGAACGGCCUGACAUUUGCAAAUAUCUACUCACCCAAGGUGUCAGCCGAUUCUUCCAGGAUGACACAGGGUUUACCGCCUCGAUGAUGGCAUGCGAGAAGGUCCUCCCGCCGACUGCUUCCAAGGAGCGCAUCGAAAAGCAGGAUCAGCUCCGCCAGGUCUUCCAAGACGAUGACCUUGCCGAGACGAUGGACUUCCCGCCCCUGACACUGGCCAUUCUUCGCCUUCCGGAAGCCGACUUUGCAACUCACCUCGAUCUCAAUUUUGCCUCAAUCAACGUCCAGGACACACUCGGUCGCACACCCCUCAUCUGGGCGACCGCGCUCCGAAAGCCUCUCAUCGCCCAGCUCCUCGUAGACUACGGCGCCGACACAGCCCUUACAGACAAGCAUUCGAAAACGGCGUUGCACUGGGCCAUGAUUUCGCAAUCGAGAGACGUCGCAGAGGUCCUCAUCAACGGCUCCGCCAAUCUCGAAGCCAGGGACGUUUUCGGCCGAACGGCCUUGCACGAAGUAGCCAAGGUUGCGCAGAGCGCUGACAUGAUCAACCUCCUCCUGGACUCGGGUGCCGUUCUCGACGCUAAGGAUGCCCGGUAUGAGAGAACGCCGCUCUACCUCGCGACAUACCAUGGCCGCACAGAAAACAUGACCGUGCUGCUGGAUAGGGGAGCGGACAUCGAGGUCUUAGGGCCCAUAAGCGGGCAUACGCCGCUACUUGCUGCUGUGGCUUACAACCGCUCGGCAAGUGUCGAGCUGCUGCUGAGUCGAGGCGCGGACGUGUCGGCCAUCGACAACGGCGGGAGGAACAUUCUGCAUAACGUGGCGAGGUAUGGCUCUGCUGCCAUUAUGCGGGCCAUCACUGCUGCCAUGUCAUUGACUCCUCAUGGCUGUAUUGACGUUGAGCUGGUGGACCAGAAGGGGCUCGCUGCUGAGGAGUACUUCCUGCAGCACAGAAAUGAGUACUAUAACGGUGAGAUUUCAGGAGAGGAGGAGAAAUGCUGGGCUGAACUCAUUCGAGUUGCGCGUGGUUAA